UUAUAUCCACGAGCCAGGAACCGCUUCAAGUGAAAUAAAUACUAGUCUCUUCAUCGUCGUCUCUUUCGGACUCAUCAACGCUACCAGCUCGAACCCCACCAUCCACUCGAUUCGUUGCCCAUAAUAUCGCCAUAUAUUCUACGGCUACCAUCACAAUUCCACGGCAUACGUCUUAUAUCCCAGCAGCUACCGGUCCAUGUCCCCCAAAUCUGACGCCGCGAAACCCAGCAACCUCUAGACUAAAAGCACCCAGCAUGGCCUCAGCCUCAGCCUCCGCAACCCCGGAUCCGCGCCCCACCAACAACGCCGCCGACCCCGCCGCCGACGGCGACGAGUCGUGGCGCUUCGCGCCGCCGUACCUCGCGCUCGACGCGCCCUCCACGCCGCCCUUCACCCCGCGCUGGCGCGCGCGCUGCCCGUGCGGCCAGGUGCGGUACUGGCUGGGGCGGGCGGCGCCGCUGGCGAGCAAGUGCUGCCACUGCGGGACGUGCCGGGGGCUGCACGGGGCGCCGUGCCAGUGGGCGGCGGUGUUCGCGAAAGCGGACGUGCGGUUCGCGCGGGCGGGCGCCGCCGGGCUCGCCUUCUACCACGCGCCCGCCGCCCUGCCCGCCCACCGCCUCCCCUGCAAGGUCAGCUGCGCGCGCUGCCGCGCCCCCGUCCUUGACGAGGGCCGCCGCAUGGCCCUCGUCUUCCCCGGCCUCGUCGACUUCGGCCCCGGCGACCCCGAGCGCGCCAGGAGCGUCUUUGAGCCGCGGUGUCACAUAUUCUACAGCCAGCGCGUCAUAGAUAUCCCCGACGGAAAGCCCAAGUGGGCGGGCCUCGACGGCGAGAGCGAGUUGAUGGACGAGAGAGAACGAUUGGGUGCGGUGGAGGGAACCCGCCAAAGUUCGAUCAAGACAGAAGAAGACUAAAAAUACAGACGAAUAAAUUAUCCAGGGGUAUCUCUACUGCACGCAUACUGUAUCCUACGGCUAUGUCUGUACCCUGCCCUUUCUUUUACUCUAUAUGCUAUCAUGCUCCCUCCGAUCGUGACGGCCAU